AUGAUAUCAUCAACACCAUCCGUAAAUAUCCAAACUCCAUCGUUCACAAAUUUUCCCGAAGCCCAAAUUUCUCAAUCUCAAAUAUCUCAAGCAUCAUCUUCGUUCGUAAAUAUUAAUCUUACAACAGAUACAUUUUCUCAUACAUCAGCUAGACAAUCAGAUAUUAUUAUCGGAAAUGAAGCGAUAAAUACAUGCUUAGAAAUAAAAUUGGUUGAACCAGUUAUAUUUUUUAGCAAACCUGAAGAAUCUGUAGGAUGUAUUUUAAGAGGUGAUCUAAUUCUGUAUUUAUCUAAACCUACAAGAAUUCGAAAAUUAGAAAUGAGUUUUGUUGGUUUGUCUGAAACUGUAUAUAACGAAGAAGAACAAGAACAAAAACGAAAAAAUUUUUUAAGAAAUCCAUUUCGAAAAAAUAAAACAGCAAAAUUACCAGCAGGAAUUCAUACAUUUGCAUUUGAAAAAUUUCUACCAGGAAAUUUACCAGAAACAAUAAAUACAGAAUUAGGAACUGUAUCAUACGAAUUAUAUGCAAAAGCUUCAAGGUCAAAAUUUUUACCAAAAUUACGUUUACAUCAACCAAUUGAAAUUUUACGUACAAUACCUGAUCAUAUAAAUUCACAAGGAAUAGCUGUUGCUAGAGAAUUUAAUGAUAUGUUAUCAUACGAAAUUUCAAUUCCAAAAAAAGCUUAUCCAUUAGGACAAUCAAUUCCAAUUGAUAUGAAAAUUUGUCCAUAUAUAAAAAAACUUGAAGUAAAAGGUGUAAAAGUUGAUUUAGUAGAAAAAACGACUUGUACAUCACCUUUAAAACCAAAGAUUACAGAUGUUAGAAUUGGUGCAACUCAAGUAUUGAAUAGAUUUGGAGAAAAUCGUUUAAUUGACGAUCAUGAAGAUGGAGAUGUUGGAAAUGUUGUUUAUCAACAAACGAUGAAUUUAAAUUUACCAAAAUGUGCUGCUCCACUUCAUUAUUCAUGUAAUACUCCAUUAAUUAGUAUAUCACAUGAUUUAAAAUUUGCUUUCAACUUAUCUUUACCUCAAGAUCCACCGAAAAAAGCCGAACUUAAAAUUAGCUUACCAAUAACAAUAUUAUCUUGUAGAGCAGUAGAUGAUUAUGUGGUAUUACCUAGUUACGAAGAUGAUAGUUAUUAUUGUCCUUGUGAUCCUGAAUAUUUGAGAAUGGCAAGAUUAGUAUUAGGUGAAGAUAUUGGAUAUCGAUUAGAAAGUAAAUGUAAAAUUAGUGAUCACCAUCAUAGACAUUUUCUUAAUAUACCUGGAAGAAAUCAAGAUCCACCUAGUUACGAAGCUUCUAUUGCAGAAAGUUUUGAUUCUAGAGGAAAUUACGUUUAUUAA